AUUUCCAUCCACGUCGAAACCACGACCAAGCCAAACCAAGCAAGCAACCAAGAAGAGAUUGGUGGAUGAGCCUGAGGUACAUGAUGAGCAUGAGCCGGGUGGGCGCGCGGGCGGCGCUGGCUGUGCGGGACACCGUCGGCAGGUCCGCCGGCAAGGCCGACAGGGCGCAGGCGCCGGCGCAGCAGCAGGCCAUGGCCAGGGCCGGCAGGGCGCCGGCGGAGUCGGCGCGGGCCAAGGCACCGCUGGCCAGGAGGGCCGCCGAGGAGCGGCGGAGGCGGGCGGCGCAGGAGGAGUCGCUCCGCACCGUCAUGUUCCUCUCCAUGUGGGGCCCCAACGCCUAGCACCAAAUUAGUAUUACCGAUUAGCAGUGUGCGUGCACAUGGUUUACGUCCCGUGUGGUUAAGCGACUCUAAGUUUGCAAAUCUGUGCGUACAAGCCGAAUGUUAAGUAAUACAGUUUUGCUAAAGCACAUCUAAAUGUGCCAUAAGUAUUGCACAUCUAAGUCAUAUAUCAUUGAUCUUAUGUUAA